CUCACGCCGACAAAAGCUGCGUGUACCCUAACACGCAAGUCGCACCCCGCCCCGGGUCUAGCUAAAUACUUGGAGCCGCAUCACCACUACUUCCCCCUCCUUCCUACCUCCUCCAUCCUUCCUCUUCCUUCCCCCUCCCGCAGUCCUCCUCCCUUCUCCCUCUCCCCCUCCGAACCUUUUGUAAAGAGACCACCACCACUCUUACCUCUUUACUCCUUCAACCCCCCUCCUCCCUCACUCGUCCCUCCCUCCCUCCACUCUCUCCUCCCGCAUCAAACAUCUCCACAAGGCGCUCACUUGCAACGACCCACAAUGGAAGCGAGCGACACGACUCUGAUGGAUACCACCAAUAUUGGGGAUGCCACUGCACUGAAGUCUUCACCAAUCCAGUUGCACUUCUACCAGGGCGAUGUCUCUACCUGGUCGCGACCAUACGCAGUACCCUUCGCCCACGUUCGCACCUUCGAAGACUUCCAGGAAGUCGCCAACGAGUUCCUCACAGAUGAGGGUCUUCGUAAUCCGUCGGGGAAGUCUCCCGCUCCAGGAAAAGGAAAUUGGCAGGUCCUCGAUGCGUCCGGUUCUAUCGUCAAGGAACGCUUCUGGGCAGACCUCGUCAUGCCCGGAGCCAAACUGUUCCUAGCCCCCACUCUGUCGGUUGAGGGUUCGAGCGACGCUGCCGUUAAACAGCAGAACAACGAGUCAAGCAACGAAUCAAACAACGAGCCGGGCAGGGAGUUGAGCUACGAGCCGAACAUCGAGUCGCGUCAGCAGGAUACUCAGACUGUCGGUAGCCUUGAGGAGAAUCCCAGCAACGACGAGACCUAUGUUGAGGACUACAACAAGAACAAUAUUCACCCGCCGCAUCAUGGCUACCAGAAGUUCCUCACGGCCUAUCCGCCCCGAGGCAGAGGCAACAAGGUUGGGGGAAACUACGGGCCCGCGAGAAAGACGUACGCCCAAGUUUGUCACGACCAGGUACAGCAUCAGCAUCAGCAGCAUCAGCAGCAGCAGCCACAGCAGCAGCCACCAAAGGUCUACGGCGAGUCACCCGUGAACGGCAGCAUCGCUGGUACUAACAACGAAAACAAUGGAUUCACAUCGGCUUGGAACGGUGUGUCCAACAAGAGGCGUGCCUUCGGUACUGCCAUCAAGGUCACGCUCCGCGACACCAGUUGCAACUUCGUCAACACCACUACCCUAUCCAAGCACUCUUCUGUGGACGAUCUCAUCAAGAAGCUGGGAGGAGCCCCCGGCGCUCGCAUCCAGGUUCUUCGCCACACUGAAGGCGGCUUCCUCCUUGGACAGUCGUUCAUGAGCGGCACCAGGAAGUCACUCGACGAGGCCGGUUUUGGCCUGGAGGGUAAUAUCCAUGUCGUCCUCUUCCAGCCUGAGCCCGGCCGCCGUCUCUACGGUGGUGGUGGUGCCCAGACUGGUGCCCAAGCUGGUAACGUCCAGGCUGGUAACGUUCAGACUGGUAAAUAG